AUGCCUUUGAUCAGGAGAGCCAUUGAACCUCGGCACCUGUGCCAAACUGCAGUGCCCACCGGGAUUGAUAGCGAGCUGGAAUGUGUGAACAACAACACCUUGUCAUCAGUCAUCCGUCAACUCAGUAGUCUGAGUAAACAUGCAGAAAAUGUAUUUGGUGAUCUUUUUGAUGAAGCCAACACAUUUUAUACACGCGCAAACUCUCUCCAAGACCGUAUUGACCGCUUGGCUAUCAAAGUCACUCAGCUUGACUCCAGCGUGGAAGAAGUCUCUCUUCAGGCCAUAAACUUGAGGAAAGCAUUUAAAAGUUCCAACAUCCAGGAUCAGCAGGUGUUGUCCAAAGGCAGCACUCCAAGCUCAGUGACUGACAUGUAUGAGAACAGCGACCGACCUCCUCCUCUGAGAGACCUCACUGAUUACAGAGAGGAUGGCAGUGAUGCAAUGAAGUUCUACUCAGACCCAUCUUACUUUUUUGACUUGUGGAAGGAGAAAAUGCUGCAGGACACCGAAGACAAGAGGAAAGAAAGGAGAAGGCAGAGAGAGCAAAAACGAUGCGUGGAAAGCAGUACUCUCCAGCGCCAGGUGAAGAAGGUGAGAAAGGCUCGAAACCGCAGACACGAGUGGAACAUGAUGGCCUUCGAUAAAGAGCUACGACCAGAUCACCGCCAUCCUCAAACCCUGCGAAGAGGAGCAUCUUCCGAGGGCUCCCUCUCCCCAGAGGGCAGACCUGACCUUCCAGACUAUCCCACCCCUCCUGUGCCAGGCAACAGUGCUUCUAACAAAAUCAAGUCACAUGGGAACGGGCAGCCCUCCCCACCAGCCGAGCACGAAUACCACAGUAUUGACGUCAACUACAAUAUAACAGCAGUCGAAGUUCAGACUGCAGACCCUCCAUCUGCCCAAAGCCUGCAUAUAGCUUCAACCAAGACACCCUUUGCUUUCCCCCCAGCAGCAGUGAAUAAUGGAGCCCCUAUACACGUUGGCACAGGUUUCCCACUUCCGCCCGUGCCUCCUCUGAGACCUUGCAUGGCACCUCCACCACCAGGUCCCCCUCCUCCACCUCUUCCUCCCCCGGCUGUCCCACUACAACUUUCAGCCCUCCGUGGAAACACUGGAGCUGAAGUACAACCAGUCAGAGAUGUCAGGAGUGACCUGCUAUCUGCAAUCCGCAUGGGCAUCCAGUUGAAAAAAGUGCAAGAGCAGCAGGAGUUGCAGAGUAAGCAUGACCCCGUCGGGAAUGACGUGGCCACCAUCCUUUCACGGCGCAUUGCAGUGGAGUACACGGACUCUGAUGACGACUCAGAACUGGAUGACAAUGAAUGGUCGGACUGA